CUGUAUGAACCUUGGCUGUCAGAGCUGCCCCUUGACAGAACGCGCUACACUGGAACGUACGUGCGUGUGUGUGUGGGAAAGGAAUCAUAAUUGUGACAAAAUUGUCUUAUGAUGUGAUUGCUGUCUCGCCGUUUUUUUGUGUUUCCUGCUCGUAAAAUCCGUUUUUCUUGUGUUUUCCUUUUCGUUCCGCCGCAAUCCCGGUGUGUCUGUGCGUGCGCUAUCCGUGGUCCGGCAGCAUCUUGCUUCCCGGAUGAUAUGUUUUGCGUUGUGUUGGGUUGUUGCUGAUCGAUAGAAAACACCGAUUAGCUAGCUGCUGUGAGCGGAGGAGUGCAACGAGCGAAGGAAGGAACCGAGCGCCCAGUUCCAGCAUUUACGUCCAGGGAAGGCGAGAGGAGGUUGUGCGUGUGGAAGUUGUGCGCGGUGCAGUUAAGGAAGUGGUCCGAUAAUGGCCCGAGAGUAUGAUCAUUUGUUUAAAUUGCUUAUUAUUGGCGACAGUGGCGUAGGCAAAUCGUCGCUGCUGAUACGCUUCUCCGACAAUACAUUCUCCGGAAGCUAUAUCACGACCAUUGGGGUGGAUUUCAAGAUACGCACAGUUGUGAUUAACGGCGAACGGGUGAAGCUGCAAAUCUGGGACACGGCCGGACAGGAGCGGUUUAGGACGAUCACCAAUACCUAUUACCGGGGUACACACGGCGUCAUCGUGGUGUACGACGUGACCAAUGGCGAAUCUUUCGGAAACGUGAAACGUUGGCUGCAGGAGAUCGAAUCUAACUGUGACAUAGUCAAUAAAGUACUAGUUGGCAACAAAAAUGACGACCCAACGCGCAAGGUAGUUACCACGGAAGAUGCGGAGCGUUUCGCCAACCAGAUGGAGAUCAAGCUGUUCGAAACAUCCGCCAAAGAUAACAUCAACGUGGAGGAAAUGUUCCUCGCCAUCACCGAGCAGGUACUGAGGCACAAGAAGCAAACGCAGAAACAGCAGCAAUCGGAAACGAGCAACGAUACGGUACAGCUGAAAAAGGGUACUCACAAAAAGAAGAACAAAUGCUGCUAAUGGUGGUGCGAUCGAUUGCGAGGCGUCCUUUCUUUGGCUUAUUUGCGCUGUGACAUCCCAUCGGGUGUGGGGGGAAUGGGGGGGAGGGCGUAGGAUCGGUUACUUUCUUUCCGUUUCUGUAACAUAAUCACUGCAGCUACUACCGCCUCAAACAAUUUGCCGCCAGCGAAAAUUUUUAGAAAGCGAGUGAGGAAAGCUCGUGCGUUUUAUCGUAGCUGUUCGCGGGUAGUAAUGCGCGCAAAAAAACAACAACAACUAGAGAAUGAUUAGGAUCGAUUCCAAAAGCAUUUUAGUGGCACACCACCGCCACAGGGUGAAUAGCGGUGGUGGUUGCGGUUGUCUACCGGAUGGCACCGUACAUGAUAUUGAUUGGCCUCGAUAGUAUUGAACCUAAGAGACUGGAAAAGGCUGGCUGCGUUCUCGGUGAGCGCACUGACUUUUGUCCGCGUUGAGUUGAGCAAAGAACCAAAAGCGCACCAUUCCACACGCGACACGUUGUGGGUUAUUUUGUUGCAAUACCUCCCAAUCCCUUACCAAUCUCGACAACAAGAGAGUAAAAAAAAACAAAAAGAAAACCCACCACCAAACCAACCAGCUGCCGGCAAAUAGGCAUCCAAGAAGCAACACAUUUCUCAUCGUUCUCUCCAGCAAAAACCCUUAUAAGCGUAAUGUGUAACAGUAAUAAUAAUUAUUAUUAUUUUGAUAAUUGUAAAA